AUGUGGAGGGACUACAAGGCAACCGGUUCUCGGAGCCGGCCUGAGAAACAUGUGGUUCAGACGACUUCGGACCAGGACCUUUUGCACCUGGACCCUGCUUACAGGCUCGACGGCAAGGACCUGCAGGCAGCGCGGUGGCACGCUCACAGAGAGGGCGUGGUCAGGCUGUCCCGGCUGAUUUCGGCAGCCGGGCGUUGCGGUGGCUGGAGGGAGGCCUUGUCUGUGCUGGAAGGUCAAGCCUACGCCAGCGUUCGAAGGGAUGCCUGUAGUUUCACUUCAGCGAUGCAGCCUUGCGUGGUUGCAAUCGGCGGUGAUCACCCGCAAAAUUUUUCAGAGGUGCAAGAACUUCAGUGGACAGCCGCGCUGGCCACGGAUCUGUCGAUGCGGCAGGCCGGCAUUAUGCCGGACUCCAUCGCCGCCAACACCCUCAUCAACGCCGGAUCUCAGUUUGGCAACUGGCCCUUCGCCCUCAACAUUGUCGAGUCCUUGUGUGAGACACACGGAGCUUUGGAAGACCGUCGCGUUCUUGGCCUAGAGCUUCCCGAGCCGGGUUUGGACCGCGCGACCUUUAACUCGGCCAUCACUGCGUGUCUCGACGGUCAGAUCUGGGGCUGGGCCCUCUGGAUGUUCCGGAGCCUGGCGGAGCUGAGUCUCGAGUCGGACCACAUCACUUUCACUGGAGCCGCCUGCGCAUGUGCCAUCGGCGGGGCCUGGGCAGGGAGCUUGGAGCUGCUGGCGCGGCUGCCGCCCCACGAAGGCAAGUCGGGUGGCAGGCUCGCGGAGCUGACCAGGAACCUGCCAGAAGUGCAGCGUCUCCGGAAACGGCGCGCCAGCAAGCCGAAUGAGAGGACUGGCCGCGUGAAUGCUCUCGAGACCGUGGCCAUCAACAAAGCCUACGCCAAGCUGGCAGAGCACAGGCCUCCAACAACACAGAGGAGGAAGGUACUCGACAGGACCUCUGGGUUGCUGGACGCCGCGCUGCAGAGCUGCGCAGAGGAAGGGCUACGACUCUCUCUGUUGAAAAAAAAAAGAAAGUUUAAGGGUCCCCUAUCCGGUGCCUUUUGGAGAAGCCUGCGCCCCAAGCACUUAGCUAGGACAACCCUCCCCUUUCAGCACGUAACGCUUGUCCCAAGGUCCCGUAAACGUGAUAGUGGCGAUCGAGCUGCCAGCAGGAUCUGGGAGCCCAAGUGGAGCAACCCCCCUUUUCCCCUUUCCGGUAUCCUUAGAAGUCAUUCUGUGGUUUGUCAUUGGCCAUACCGAAGAGGAAGCCAACCAGAGAUCUUUAUCUUCUGA